AUGCGUAUCCAACAUCCGCAGCCCCCGCGGGAGUUCAAUAGGAAAGCGGGGCCCCCCGACGUGGAGGGGGGCCCCGAACACGGCGACAAAGCAGUCAUUACAGCAGCAAAUGCCUCUUUAUCCGCUGCAGAUGGGACAGAGAAUCCUCGCUCUCUUUUCCCUGCCCUGCCUGCCAAGGAGGCUCUCGGCCCCCCACCUCUCGACUUCGUGAUGAUGACAUCUGACGAGUGGGGCCCCCAGGGAGGACCCCCAGGGCCUCACGAGAGACCUCCCGGUCAAGAGACUCUAUGGGAACUCAGUGACGAACCGGAGCGAUCACAGCCAAUCAAACCUCUGGAAGAACAAGCAGUGGGAGCUGAUACCAGUGCCACUCGUCCCUCCAGUGGUGCUGCUGCCGAAGAGUCAUUGCAGCAAGUGCAAGGGCCAGCGGCACCUCUGCUGCAGCCGCCGCAGCAGUCCCGGAAGACAGAGCAGCGGCAGAAUGAGCAGAUAGUCCUUCUGCAGCAGCAGGAGGCGCGGCAGCAGAUUAACUCCGCUACUUCCUCCCAUUCCCUAUACGAACGAGAAAACCCCGGGCAGCAGCAGCAGAAGCAGCAGGAAAGGGAGGAAAAAGAAAUGCAGCAUGAGACUGAGCCUUUUGGGAAGGAUGCGUGUGCUGCGGCUUCCUUCCAUCUGCACAAGCAAGAGUGUUACGACCCGCUGAAGGCUGCCCUCGAGAGCGCAGCAGCGGAGUCCCUGCUGCCCUCCCUAAGGCGCUAUUUGGGUCUGCACGCAGAGCCCCCACCUCUCAUGCCUUUCUUCUUGGGUGGCCCACGACCCCCUGUCCCAUUUCUGCUUCCCGUAGCCACAGACACAAAAGGUGACCUCUUGUCCUCCGCCCUCAAGGGCGGUGUCAUUCGGGUGGGGCUCGUCGGGAUUCCCUUUCUGCCAGCCUCCGUGCGUUCGCUGCCUCCGCAGACGCAGCAGCUUCAGCAGGAACAGCGGAAGCAGCAGCAUGCGCAGCAGCAGCUGAGACCUACAGGGAUAUCGUUUCGGGUGCUGGAGGCCGCUGUGUCGCUCUUGUCCAUGAACUACUCUUCGCUUAUUCCGGGGGGUGGGCCCCUACGGGUGCAGUACUUGGCUUACAGCAGCAGAGCUGCCCUAUAUGCUGCUUUGAAGAAUGGGGGCAUUCAUCUUACAGAGCCUGCUCUGCCUUACUCUACUGUACAGACAGCUUGGGGGCCCUUCCCCUCACUCAAGCUACACGCAGCGCUAGCAGCUCCCCCACAGACCAGAUCGACGGCACACACAAGCAGAAGCAACAGCAGCAACAGGCAGCAGCAGCAGGAACAGCCACACAAUCCACAGAUGCAACAGAACAGCAAGCAGGAGAUGCAAGCCAAGCCUGGCGUGCUUGGCGGUGGAGACAGAGGGUAUAAAGCGCGCUGGUUUUGGGGUUCUUGCGUGUUUCACUCGUUUGUGUCUGCGGGUGCCUCCUGGGGUGGGGUUCCUGUGUUGCUUAGCCUGCAAAAAGGUUUGGAAGUGCAGCGGGUGCAUGACUUAGCUCUGCUGCUGAUGGGGUUGGGGAUAGAGAGGCCCCUGGUGCUCAUUGAGGCAUCCUUGCCCGAGCUGGCCGAUAUUGUUUCUGCUGUUCUGCCUAAAAGCACAGUGUACGGCCUGGUGGACAUGACCAGGCUGGAGGGCCCCCUUCCAGACCCUACAAAGCCGGCCAGCAACAUACGGUCCGGGUCCCAAGAGCCUUGUCCCAGGGCCUGCGUAUCUCAUCGAACGACCAGACUAGGCGCAGCUCAUGCUGCUGAUAAAGGGGGCUCUGAACGCAGCCACAAUAAAGAUAGGGCUCUCAACCCCAGGGGCUGCGGAAGAGGUCAGUCACCUCCCAGCCAAUUGAGAGGCUCCAGGCUGCCAGGUGGAGUAUUACUGCUGUCGCUGUCGGAGGCUUUAGGGACUCUGCACGAAGGAACUGCUGUCGCUUUGGUUCAUACAACGCCUUUGGGCGAACUUUUGGGCGGCCUUUAUAUUGGGGCUCCUCAUGGGUCUCAAGGAGGCGGAGGCCCACUCACGGUGGCGGGUGCCUUGCCGUGGUUGCUGGAAGCAGAUGCUGAUUUGGUGCUCCCUCUCGCUGCAUUCUACAGGAAGCAUGAUGGUCCAGACUGCCUACUGCAGGACCCUAGGGAGGAAUUUGCUGCUCUUUCUGCCGCUGCAGCAGAAGCAGCGGCAGAGACACGGAGGCUCUUCCUUAUCCCUGAUGACGAGCUUUGA